AUGACCUUAACCUUCAUCGUGUUGGCGCUUGUUAUAGGGCGCUUCUAUUUUACCGAGUGUAUAAAAUUUGAUCCCGAAGUGGAUGUCGGUGGUGAUGCGCAGGAAAACGAGUUUCCGUUCAUGGUGCAGCUGCAACGGUUUUGGGUCGUCAGCUAUCUCCAACAGUGCGGCGGUUCUCUCAUCACGCCAAGCUGGAUCCUCACGGCGGCUCACUGCAACGAUCAUCAACCCAAGUUGCAAGUCUUGGCGGGCACAAGAGUGCGCAACGAUCGCACCAACGGCCAACUGAGGGCUGUGGUUCGGUUCAUCCCCCACGAGCGGUACGUCCUGGACGGGAAAACACACCCCUACGAUAUAGCGCUGGCACUGGUGGAAACCCCCUUCCAAGUGGACGGUGUUACGGUGGCCACCGUUGAGCUUUGGUUCGUCGGGGUUCACUUUCGUCCGCCGAAGGAGUGUGACGAUGAUCCGGCACCGGUUGGAACGGUCUGUGUCGGAAGCCCGGGAACGACCGCCUGCCAGGGUGAUUCCGGAGGACCGGUCGUUGGCUUGGGGGAGGAUGGCAUCCCGCGGCAGAUAGGGGUAGUUUCGUCCGGAUCGGACACUUGUGGGGCUAAACCGAUCACCUGCACCGAUGUGACCGCAUACGUUUGUUGUUGCAAUUGA